UUUUUAUUUUGUUAUUUAUUUUUUAUGUCGUCUUUAACAAGAGAAAAAGCUGAAGAAAUUUGUCAACAUAUAAGAACAAAUCCGGAUUCUAUUUUUGGACAAAAAUAUUGGCAAUGUAGACAUGCUUGUGUUGUCCAAUCUCAACAAAAGUCUGACAAAUGGGAGACACGCAAUUGCAAAAUUUCGUGUUUUUCUUCUCUAUGGAAAAAGUAUUUCUACUAUAAAGCUGGAAAAGUCUUUUAAUGUGUUGGCUUUACGAAAUUUGGAAUUACUACAACAGGAACAGAUUCUCCAAAUAGGCUGGGAAGACCGUCCAGGUGGCACAAAAUCCUUUUCUUCUACUCCAAUUGUUGUUCUUCAUUUAUUUCUUCGCAAACCGGAUGGAAGUAAAACAAAAGAUUUGGCAUUAGAAUUACUUUCAACAUUAAAACAUUAUUUUCCUGAAAUUCAAAAAAGUUUAACAAAAUUAUUUAUUUCUUUAUCUCCGCCUUUAAUCGCUGAUUUUGCUUUAUUACCUUUAUCUACACCGGAAUUGCCUUGUCAUAAUUUUCGACGUUCUUAUGUUGCUUAUUGUGACUGGAUGGAACAGCCUUUUAGAGAUGAAAUUAUUUGGGUAGGAAAAUUGAAAUAUUUUUUAUAUGUGACUAGGGUUGUUGUUUCUGUACCGAACCGAGCCGAAGAACCUAGGAUUUUUUUGGUUCUGUUUCGGAUAACCGAAGAAUUCCCAGGAACCAACAACCCUAUAUGUGGCACCUUUUUUCUACAUUUUUCAUCUCUCUAG